GGCGCGCUCUCUGCAGCUAUGCUACGGCUAUGCUACGUGGCAUGGGUGCAGCAACAUCCCUCUCAUUAUCCUUGCCGCCAUCUCUUUAUUCCUUCAUACUUCAAAUGAGCGCACACGCUCGCGCGCGUGGAGUUUCCUCUUUUCCAUCCUCUGCUUUGUCGCGGGACAUGUGGCGCGGCUGUCCUAGCCUACCGCGUGGUCGCGCCGCCGCUGUAGGUCUCUUCCUCCGUCCCCCACUAUCGCUUUCCCCGCUGUCUUCCGCCAUUGCUCUCUUUUCGCUUUGCGUCUCACAAUUGGCUAAGAAGAAGCCGGCGCCCGCUGGCUGCGGUGGGAGCGUUCAAUUUGUCAGUCAGCUUCGUCUAACAGAAAGGGUGGCCGACAUUUGCUGCCACGUGUCUAGUCCGCGCCAUAUCCGGAUUGACAUCCCUAGACAAAUGGACAACCAAGAUAGCCUGCAAGGAACGGUGGAAGAUGGUGCUCACUCCCGCAACCAGUCGAAUAAGCCAAUUCAGUCGGUUGUCAUCAUAUUCGCUAUGCUUCCGGAAGCAUCGCCUUUAAUUGACCAUUUCGGAUUGAGAUUAGCUGAGAAAAAUGGAUUUAUGCCAGGGUCUCCUUGCCAGCUUUACUCAGGUAGUCUGAAAGGGGUUAAAGUGCAUGUUCUGCUAAAUGGCACGGAUCGCCAAACAGUGUUGUCGUCUUCAGUUCCCGAGCUGCUAAUCUGCUGUGAGGAUGAUGACGAUGGUGGUUAUGGUGGUGGCGAUGAUGAUGGUGAUGAUGAUGAUGAUGAUGAUGAUAAUGAUGAUGAUGAUGAUAAUGACGAUGACGAGGUACAAAGGGAAGCUCUGAAACGCUCACAGAAGAUGGAAAAGCAGUUCCUGAAGAGACUGCAUCAUAUCCAGUCGAAACACAUGCUGCUGGAGGGCGCCAGCCUUGAGGGAAGACAUGCUGAAGUGGCCACUGCCGCCAUAGUCAUAGCAGUAGUUGUAGGAGACGAGGUUGGGCGAGGAGGAGGAGGAUCUUACUGUGAGAUUGAGACAGGCGUGGUCUCAUCGGGGAACUCAUUGACGCACACACAUGAGCAUAUGGAGAUGAUGAACAAGCAUAAUGCAGCUGUGAAAGAGAUGGAGGUGGCAGCUAUUGCAUGGGUGGCCGAUUGGUUUUCCGUUCCAGUGAUCGCCAUCAAAGCGGUGACAGAUAUAGUGGAUGACAAUCGAGUCACUGAGGAGGAGUUUCUACGAAAUCUGGGAGCGGCAGCAAGGGCGUUACAGAGAACAGUCUCCGAAGCCGUCCACUUCAUCGUCGGGAAAACUGUAAAUGAAUUGUAAUUAUGAUUCUGUUGGUUGCAAAGCUGGCGAUGAAGCCACGACAGUGCUGCUCACAGGUUCUGUUGCUUUUUUAAAAGUUGUUAACGUUUCAAGCUAGCACUGCCCCUGCACAUAGUUUGCCUAACUUCUCUCUUCUCUCCUUUCCCCCAGCCCUGACUUGCUCAACCUGAGUCUUCGGCAGUUUGCCUUGUUCAUGCCCCAGAAGGCUCAGAAUAGCAGAGAGCCUAAGAGUCCGGCCCCCGCUGGUGUUAUUAUGUCCAUGCUUAGAAAGCAUGAAUAUCUGCCUGUAAUAGCGGCCUUGUUCAUGCUUUCAGAACCGAAACGUACCCGCAGUGGGGCGUAAUCCUAAUUUUCUGCCUCGCAACCAGCGGAUGCUGUCCUGGUCCCCAGUCUGCCGCUGAAGGCAUGUAGCUGCAGGGUUUUCUGUUUUUCAAGGCCUGCCAUCAAAAUAGUGUGAUGCCUGCAGGCCUCCACAGGGGACCACAAGGAAGACCAAUCUUCAGCGCCCUUGUGUACCUGCAGGAAAAUUUGCAGGGCAGUUGUGGUUCAAACUUCAAACCACUGGUCCCUUUCCCAGCUAAUUUGUUCCAACGCCACCAUACCCGGUAGGACCAAAAUGGCUGGCAGCUCUAAGCAAAAAGAAAAUAGAUUGCAACUUUGUGCCUGCGUCGGUUCGUUUUUUCGUUGGCACACAGCAGCAAUCUAGGUCGCAGAAAAGAGACUCAGAGCGGAACACAGUUGUCGUUUGAGCGCUGCUGGAAGUGGUCAACGGCCAUAUUUCAGGAUAGAUCAGAUGUUGGUCGCCGCCAAUUUCAGAGGUAGAAGAUUCUGAUUGUGAAGUUAGAAUUGCAGGGGCCGUCCCAUAAUGCUUCCAACGGUAAUGUUUCUUGAUUUUGUUGACCUUUCACCAUGGACCGGCCAUGGAGUACAGUGUAUUAACUUAAGGAUAUGUAUUAUGUACUGUAAAGAAUAACAAGGGAAGGCCUGUUGCGGCACCAAUUU